UAAAUAUAUGAUGUCUUACCAUUGAAAUGGAAACUGUGUAUGAUGAGGAACUUCCAGUUUUGAAGAGGAUUAAAAUCCCAAUGGUUUGGGAGCGAAUGUCGUGUGGAAUAUGCAUUAAGGAUCUCCAACCAGACAAGUACGACGUGGCUCUGAAUAUUAUCCAAAAUAACUUCUUGGACGAUGACCCUCUGUGUAAAGCCAGUGCCGUGCUCGGCAACGACGUUGCUAUACAGGAGUAUCUGAAAGUGGCCUUACACUGGAUACAAGACACACAGUCUUUCUUGGCCGUAGAAGACAGGACAGACCGGGCUGUGGGUGUGCUGAUAGGUAGUGUCAACGAGCGGGACGCCUGCACAAAUGCCAUGAAUGGCACAAGAAUCUAUCAAAGUAUACCGAUGAACAAAAUGCAAAAGUUUUUGGCACACGUCCAUAAACAAGUAAAUCAGUUUGAUGUGUUCGGCGUCGAAGCUCUGUACGAAGUUUACAUAUGGUGCGUUGUUCGUGAAUAUAGAAACAAAGUCCCAGGUCAGACCUUGAUCAAGUGUAUCAUCCCCAGGAAAUUUUUGUGGAUCCAGUUUCACUCUAAGAGGACAAUCGUCCCACAAAUCACAGCAGGUUGCCUUGUCAAAAUAUCCCUUGGUCUUUAG